AUGACGCCGGACCAGAUCGUCGAGUUGAUCAUUCACGACACCUGGUACAGUGCAGCGCCGGCCGGCAUCCAGGCGCUGACGCUGUGCAAGGAGGUUUUUGAGGAGCGGGGAAUAGACUACACACCGGCCCGCAUCCACGAUAGCAGCGAAGAUCCCGACAGCCUGUUCCAGCGGGGUGAGGAGCUUCGGCGCAGCUACAUGGGAGUCACCUCCACGGCGCGACCGACUCCGCCAACGGAAGCUGAGAAGGAACUGGGGCGUAUUACCGGCGAAUACUACUGGGGGGCGACCUGGACCCGACCGGGUCUUGAUCUCGCCAGUCGUUGCAUUUGCACCAUGACGUGCCUGGCGGCUCUGGGUCGCGAAGGGCCGCUGCGGAGCCACAUUCGUGGCGCGCUGAACAUAGGGUUGACGCCGGACCAGAUCAUCGAGGUGUUCGGCCACAUGACGCUAUAUGCCGGAAUACCGUUCGCCCGGGAGCGAUGGACAUUGCCAACGAUAUUUUCACCAGCGCGUGAUGCUGCUGCCGAGUGCAUGAAGCAUGAUCAGGGGCCGGUUAGCAGACUGGCCUCUGAUCAUGCCGAUUGA